UCCUCCCUCCCUCUCCCUCUCUCUCGCCUCCCACCAAAGCAUUCCAUCCUUCUCUCUGCUCAACGGUCCAACCCACGCAUUCCGUUCCAUUCCAUUCCGUCCCUCUCCCUCUGCUCAACGGGGGCCUUUGGUCAUUGAAGUAGCGUCGUCACAACAGCCCUCUGCAAACCAGAGCAAUCAGCCUGUCACAGACAGAGAUGUCCGAGGAAUCAGCGGAUCAAAUCACCACUGUUGAAGACUCUGCUGAGAUCCAAUCCUUAUCGUUGGAUUCUGAAGAUGAAGGCGAAGCCGCUGCUUCAAGUGAUUUGAGAUCUGUGGCCACGUUGACACUAGAAGAGAAAUUCAAGAUCGUAAGGAGUGUUGGAGAAGAGUGCAUCCAAGAAGAUGAGUUGCUGAAUCUUCUUGCGACGAAGAAGAACCCGAUCUGCUAUGACGGAUUCGAACCCUCUGGUAGAAUGCACAUUGCCCAGGGUGUUAUGAAGGCGAUAAAUGUGAACAAACUGACAUCUGCAGGAUGCAAAAUGAAGUUCUGGGUUGCAGAUUGGUUUGCACAGCUGAACAAUAAAAUGGGUGGUGAUUUGAAAAAAAUCCAAACUGUCGGUCGUUAUCUGAUCGAGAUUUGGAAAGCUGUGGGAAUGAACCUUGAUGGAGUUGAGUUUUUGUGGUCUUCGGAAGAAAUUAACAAGAAUGCCAGUGUGUAUUGGCCUCUUGUAAUGGAUAUUGCUCGAAGGAACAAGCUUCCAAGGAUAAUAAGGUGUUGUCAGAUCAUGGGCCGGAGUGAGCAUGAUGAAUUGACGGCGGCACAGAUUCUCUACCCAUGCAUGCAAUGUGCUGACAUAUUUUUUCUGAAGGCUGACAUUUGCCAGUUGGGCAUGGAUCAGCGUAAAGUGAAUGUACUGGCAAGAGAGUACUGUGACGACAUCAAAAGGAAGAAGAAGCCUAUCAUCUUGUCACAUCACAUGCUGCCUGGCCUACAGCAAGGGCAGGAGAAGAUGUCAAAAAGUGACCCAUCGUCUUCUAUCUUCAUGGAGGAUGAUGAGGCUGAAGUGAAUGUGAAGAUAAAGAAAGCAUACUGCCCUCCAAAGAUUGUGGAAGGAAAUCCAUGUUUGGAAUACAUCCAGUACAUCGUUUUGCCGUGGUUUGGAAAGUUUGAGGUAGAACGUGAUGAAAAGAAUGGUGGGAACAAGACAUUCACCAGCAUUGAGGAACUAAUAGGUGAUUAUGAAAGUGAAGAUUUACAUCCAGCAGAUGUCAAGCCUGCACUUUCAAAGGCAUUAAAUAAGAUUUUGGAGCCAGUACGAGAACACUUCAAAAACAAUACUGAAGCUGGCAAUCUAUUGAGAACCGUGAAGGGUUACAGGGUUACCAAGUGAUUUGUAAGAGGCUAAUUUAUUCAGACAUGUUGCUCUCCUCAGAAGCCAAUUACAGUAGAAUGUUGGCAGAGAUAUUUCAUAACUAGAGAAAUAGAUUCCAUAUUUUCUAUCAAUUAUAAUUUUCUGAAUAGAUGAAGGCUAUGCACCCUAUAUACUUGGGUCAGAAGCCAAUUAUAGUAAAGAAUGUCAGCAGAUUAUAUUUCAGAACCACAGAGAAAUUAAUGCCAUAUUUUCUAUCA